AUGAUUCCUCCAAAUUUCUGCUACACAUCCCCUGACAAAAUCUUCGUCACUUCCAUCUUCCACUUCGUACUGUUAGCGACUCAAACCUUCUCUCUUGAUCCAAAGUUUAAGGCCUGUGAGCCCAAAUCAUGUGGCAAAGGUCCCGAGAUCUCCUUCCCAUUCUAUCUAUCAGGCAAGCAAGAAUCUUUUUGCGGCUAUCCCAGUUUCGAGCUCAGUUGUAAUGAUCAACAAGAGCUCCCUGUUCUCGGGAUCUCCGGUGAGGAUUACGUCAUCAAGAACAUAUCUUACUUGAAUCGGUUGUUAGAGGUCGUGAACUCAAGGGUGUUUCGUGAUCCAUGUCCUAGCCCUAUGCAUAAUCUUACCCUCGAGAGGACUCCUUUCUCUGUGAGCCCUUCUCAAACCAACUUCUCCAUAUUUUACAAUUGCACGGACCACCGGCCAGAUGAUUUUCGGACAUAUCCUCUUUCUUGUCCUGACAACACGAGUCCUGGAUCUUUUGGGAUCUUCCACAAGGAGAUUCUGGAAAAAGAGCAAGACUUUGCAUCUAGGCCUUGCCAGAAACUGGUCAAUGUUCCCGUUUCUUCAAGUGUGAACCGGCAUAUACCAAUGACCUAUACCGGGAUUUUGAAGAUGGGGUUUGUUCUGAAUUGGACUGCACACAGUUGCUUCCGCUGCAACAGCAGUGGUGGGCGAUGUGCAACUGUUGAUAAGGAAUUCGUUUGCUUAUGUCCUGAUGGACCUAACAUUCAUGAUACUUGCAGGAAUGAUGGUAUCAACUGGAGGGUCAAGAUUGCCAUAGGUGUUGUUGCAAUAUUCGUGGGAUUAGCUAUAGCGAGCAUAGUUUGGUUUAUCUACCAUCGUAAAACAACAAAAAUUUACAGAAAUUCUUCAGCAUUGCUUUCAAGAAACAUCUCCUCAGAUCCAUCUUCAAAGUCUCCAGACAUAGAGAAAGCAGAGGAAUUGUUAGUCGGAGUUCGUCUCUUCUCUUACCAAGAGCUUGAAGAAGCCACUAACAACUUCGACCCGACUAAAGAACUCGGCGAUGGAGGCUUUGGCACUGUCUACUACGGUAAGCUUAAAGAUGGACGAAGCGUAGCUGUGAAACGGUUAUACGACAACAACUUCAAAAGAGCAGAGCAAUUCAGGAACGAAGUCGAGAUCUUAACCGGUUUACGCCAUCCAAACCUCGUGGCUCUCUUUGGUUGCUCCUCGAAACAGAGCCGUGACUUGCUGCUAGUGUACGAGUAUGUUGCAAACGGCACGUUAGCUGAUCAUCUACAUGGUCCUCAGGCUAACCCUAGCUUGCUUCCUUGGUCUACACGUCUCAAGAUUGCUAUUGAAACCGCCUCUGCUUUGACAUAUCUCCACGCCUCCAAGAUCAUCCACCGUGAUGUUAAAUCCAACAACAUCCUUCUCGACCAGAACUUCAACGUCAAGGUUGCGGAUUUCGGACUCUCGAGACUGUUCCCGAUGGGUCAAACGCACGUAUCAACGGCACCACAAGGAACUCCAGGCUACGUUGAUCCAGAUUACCACUUAUGUUAUCAGCUCUCAAACAAAAGCGAUGUGUACAGCUUCGCUGUAGUGUUGAUGGAGCUUAUCUCCUCGCUUCCAGCUGUCGACAUCACGAGACCGCGACAAGAGAUCAACCUGUCGAACAUGGCAAUCCUUAAAAUCCAGAACCAUAAGCUCCACGAAAUGUUGGAUCCUUCGCUCGGGUUCGACACGGAUACAAGAGUGACACAGACGGUGAUCGCAGUCGCUGAGCUGGCCUUCCAGUGCUUGCAGUGUGAUAAAGAUCUUAGGCCGUGUAUGUCGCACGUGGUGGAGACACUGACGAAGAUACAGAACAAUGGGUUUGGUUCGGAAAUGGAUGAUGAUGAUUCAGAUGUGAAGAAGGUUGGAGCUUUGCCAACGCAGUCUCCUGAUUCUGUUAUUAUGAAAUGGGACAGUAAGUAA